AUGUCAUCUCUUACAAAGCUCAUUGCGAUUUACAUAGCCGGUGGCCUCACACUUUGGCCAUUGCUUCUGUUUGUGUGGUCUCUUGGAGGACGAUUCGUUUCUUCGAUCAGUUCCGGCAAUUCUUUCCAGUGGCUCUUUCACCUGGUUGUCACUUAUGUGAUUGGAGGUUUGACAUUUAUUCCGCUGUUGCUAGUCAUCGGCUGGAACCUUCUGCCCAAGGUGACAGCUGAUAGUGAACAGGAGUCGCAGUUAAGUCAAUUGAGACGCGAGCAAGAAAGCAGGGCCAAUGGCGAGCCCGAAGGGUACCGGGACCUGAAGGCCGGUGAAAUUCUUGAAAAGGAGACAUCAAACUUGAAAACGUUCUAUCAAGGAUGGCUAACGGUGACAAAAGAGUACUACCAGUUUCCGCAAAUCGACUCGAACGACUUCCAGCCACAAACUUCGUCCGGCAACUCUUUGAGCAAUGAACAGGUCAGCAACCAGCCCGGACAGAGAAACAGUUUCCUCAAGAUGGUGAAAGGCAACAAGGCGGCCCAGUCUGUGCAGGAGGAACCAAAACAGGACACCUUGUCUCUGGACGCUAAGAAAUUGAAAGCCAUCAGGAAGAAGAACAGGUACUUUGCAGUGCUCAAACAUGGUAACCUGUUUCUCUACGACGACGACGAGAAAAUGAACGCACAACACGUUAUUGUGCUAUCAAACCGCGUGGUCGGUAUUUGGCCCAGAAGCUUGAAGGAUGGCCAGCUGUUCACGAAAAAGGCCGCCAUUUGCAUCUUUAAGAACGACACAUCUCAAAAUCCAGAAGGGAGCCUGAAAUCCGCCGAGGCAGAGAAUAUCCUGGACGUUCUUCAAGGGAACUCGCCUUCGGAGGUCGCUCCAAAGGACACAUUUUUCCUGUACGCGGACAGAAACAUCCAAAAGGAAGAUUGGUAUUUCAACCUGCUCAAAGCCACCACUAAGGACGUCAUGAAGACCAGAUCUCCAAAAGACUUCCUCGAACCCUCGUUCAUGGCACGAACUUUACACUUCCUUACAGCCGACAUGAUCGAUCUCACACAGGCGAUCAACUCGUCGGAAGGUCAACUCACUACUCAAUGGCUUAAUGCACUGGUUGGGAGAAUUUUCCUCAGCUAUUACAGAACAGACGAAUUUAAGGAGUUGAUCAAACGAAAGAUCGACGAGCGUCUCAAGAAAAUACGAACUCCAGACUUCCUGGACGACCUGCAGAUCAAGAAGGUGGACGUGGGCCACUCUGCUCCUCUUUUAACGUAUCCAAAGCUCAAGAGUCUCACUCCAGAAGGAGAUCUCAGUGUCGAAUGCCAUGUACUUUAUCGCGGUGGACUGGCUUUGGAGGUCGCAACCAAAGUGUUUGUCAAUCUGGGAGCCAGGUUCAAGCAAAGAGAGUUUGACAUCAACCUCAAGAUCGUGAUGAAAAGACUCGAGGGUGACCUUGUGCUGAGACUCAAACCUCCUCCAUCCAACAGAGUCUGGUACGGGUUUUCCAAGAUGCCCGACUUUGACAUGACCAUCGAGCCGGUGGUCAGUUCUCGUACACUCAACUACAACCUCAUCACCAACAUCAUCAAGAACAGAUUCAAAGAGGCAUUAGGCAAGACGCUUGUUCUUCCAUUUAUGGAUGACCUGGUCUUCUACAGAACCGAAAAAGAGCUGUUCAAAGGUGGAAUCUGGGACAAGUCUGCUCGUCCUAUUCCGUUCCCAGCGUCUCCUAAACCACAGGCGUCUCCUCCACCGUUGCCGGACAGAGAGACAGAAAUUGACAUCUCUGAUGAAGGAUCUCUUGGGGAGCAUGUCAACAAUUCUCUGGACGAGUCUUUGCGCGAGAGCGUCAAGGACAGUGUGCGAGAAUCCAUCAAGGAUGAGAAUCUGCUGGAGCCACGUCAUUCGGGCACAUUUGACUCUGUCCACGACAGUAGUUCUGUGCUGACCAAUGAGUCUCUGGGCUCAUCAGCUUCUGGAGCAAACGUGGCCAAGUACAAGGAGAAAGCGUCCACGCUAUCCAAAAAGUUCUUGUCGAUCAACAAGCCUGAGUCGCUCACCGAUAGCGUUUCUGAUACGUUUGAGACGGACGACGAAGCCAAGUCCAUUUCUAGCUCUUACGCUAAGCUGAAGGGAUUCUAUGCCACAACAAAACAGAAGUUUGCCGAAAAGCCUCAACAGGGAAGCCUCAAGGAGAUCAACUAUUCUCCACCAGAGAUGAUCUCGAGUCGGAGAUCUGUGAAGAAGACAGCCACCACAAAUGUUAGCGAAACAGUGGCUCACAGAAGACAGUCUUCGUCAGAGAUGUUUGCCAAGGCAGAAAGAAGCCCAGAGCAACUAGUGGACUCAUUUAGCUACGAGGAAACACAAGCCGCUCCAUCAUCUCCGUCUAUGUUCAUCAAUGAGAAGUAUAGAAGCGGGUCUUUCAGCAAACCCCAGCCAUCUCCUCAUCUCACAGAGACUUUCCCGGCACAGGCACUAUUUGAGACAGAGAAGCCGGCAAGGCAGAGUUUCGGCCCAGAGAUUGUCGAACACCCACCAGAGGUGGAAGACGUUCCAGAACCACCUCUCCCAGCUCCUGCGCCCAACAGAGAGGUGCCAGAAAUUCCUCAAAGCAAACUACCUCCUCCUCUUCCAAAACUGACAGCUUCAGAGGCUACCACCGGGGCGCUCUCGGCUCUGCGCUCUUCCACCGAUGGUGCUGGAGGCUCGGUGACCGCAGCGGUUUCAACCGAGUCUUCGGCUGGAACCUCGGCUGGGAUCUCAACGGGUCCAUCGAUCUUGGUUUCUGGAGGCUUUUCACCAUUUGCGGUUGCUGGCAGAGAAGUAUCCUCGGGAGCAGGCGUAGGCAGUUCAACCACAGCAGCCACAGCAGCAGUUUCUGGAACACUAUCAUGGACACCGUUUCCGGCCGGAGGAACUUCUUCCACAACUUCAGGCUUCACUGGGCCCAUGAGGUUACGUAGCUUGUCUCCAACCUUGAGUUUCACGAUAAACGUGUUUGGAUUUCCAAAGUUCUCGUCGCUAGAGACAAUAACUUUCUUCUCAAACAUCUUGAACUUGACAUAG